GCACGACGUUCUUCGACGUCUCAGGUUGUACCAAGUUCUCACAUUCCGUGUCACUUUUCCGUUCUUCUAAACAAAUUGUUUCGUUUUUAUCAACAUGGAAGUAUACCAACCGCCCAGCAUUCUUUUGUUGCGGCUACACUUACAGUUUGCAGUGCAAGAGAUGUGAGUGAGCUGCACUUGUAGCUGUACCACAUGCUGUUUUGAAGCUCCACCGAUUUUAUUUUGCAGGACAAGGCUUUCUUAAUUCUAAAAAUUCUGGUUCACCCAUUCCACUUGCUACGACGAACUACGAACUAACCAACACCCGCAAG